GUUUUUAAUUUUUUUUUUUUUAAACAAUCUAUAUUUUAAACAUGAGGCGCGGACUGCCACUUAUUCACUUUUUAAUAGCUGUUCCUCUCAUCAGUGGAUCACCUUUCCAACAUAGCAUGUCCCAGGGCAGCGGAACACGUCAGAGAAAUAAAAACUGGUGCGCCUACGUUGUGCACAAGAACGUGAGCUGUGCCGUCGUGGGAGGUACGGAGAGUUUCGUGCAGCCAGAGGUUCUACCGUGUCCGCUGGAGCUGCCAAACUGUGCGCAACAAGUGAUAUAUCAGACACACUUUAGGCCCAUGUAUAAGAUUGCAUACAAGACUGUAACAGAGCUGGAGUGGAGGUGCUGCCCGGGGUACCAGGGCCACAACUGUAUGGAAGUGAAAGACAUAAAGCUACUCCAAGUGGAGCGUUUGCCUCAUGCUCCCUCUUCCUCUGGACAUACUCCAGCCCAACAAGCUCCAGUAAGGCAAACAGAGGGCCAGAGGAACCAUCCAUGGGGAGGGGAGGGGCAGUUUGGAGGUCAGACAGGUCACAGGCUACUGGGGGGUCAUGGAGAAUCUCAAAGCUCACAACACCUGGAGGAGGAGGUGCAACGACUGUCCCAGAUGGUCCUUGACAUGCAGGCCAAAAUGACAGACAUGUCCUCCAAUCUGAGACUGGAUUUCCAAGAGGAUGCCAGUAAAAUGCUGGCUACGCUGCUGCACGACUUCAGACAGCCAGCCAGUGUGAGAGGUGCAGAGACCCAAACCAUUCAGACGCAAGACUUUUUUUCUCUGCAUGAGACAACUCAGAUGGACGAGGUCAUGAACAAGAUCAGCCAGGUCACAGACGAUCUGGAGUCAAAGACCAUUACUCUGGAUGACCUGCUGGGCCGUGUCAACCGCCACGACGGAAAAAUUCACCUGUUAAUGGAGGCUGCCCAGAAACAUCUGUCCACAACCCCUCUUACUGCCCCGGCCAGUGACCCAGACCUGCGUGGCUACCUGGACGAGAAGAUCCGUGCUCUGAGAGAGGAGUUAAUGGAGGGUAUGGAAAUCAAACUGGCAGACUUGAAGAACUCAUGCGAUUAUAAAAUCCUGUCAGUCCGCGAGCAGUGUGACGGACAAGAAGCCAACUACCUCAGCCUGGCCGAGCUCAUGGACUCAAAGGAGACUGACCUCCGCAACGAGAUCCAGGAACUUAAAUCCAAGAUGGUUGAUCCAGGAAAGGAAGACCCCCGGGUAUCUGACUCUGUUCUGGCUCAUGUGGAGAACCUUGAGAUCCGUCUGAACUCAUCUCAGAGGAGUGUACUGGCCCAGUGCCUCUCUGUGGAGGAGAAGCUAAAGAAAGAACGGACAGAGGCCAUCAAAGACCUGAGGGAGACUCUGGAGGACAAGCUGUCCUCCAUGGAAGACAGAUUCACCACCCUGUUGGUAGAUACAAGCGCCAACUCCCCAUUUGGUGGUCAGCCAGAGAGUGUGGAUGCUCUGCAGAGGGACAUUAACUCUCUAAAGGGCUCCUUACAAACUCUGGAGGAUCGAUUUGACGUCUUGGACCAGCAGUGCUCAAAGGAGUGCAAGGGUAAUUUGACUGGUGUUGUAGAAAACAUUCAGCAAGACUUCCAGAGCUGCAGAGCUGCUGUAGAUGCAAUGGAAACUAGUCUAAAAGCCCAGAAAAAUGGUCUCCAAGCCAUGGAGGGGCAACUCCUUAACUACAGCACCAACAUUGAGAAUGUACAUGGCAAGUUGAGCUAUCUGAAAGGGCGCGUGGGCAGGUUGGAGUACUCGCUAUCAGGUGUAGACCACCAGCAGUCUCAUUCUCAGAGUCUCAACACCACAGCAGGGGCUGAGCAAGAGGCCAUAGACCUUAUGGAUCUCCACAGGACUCAGCAUCAUGAGUUGAGAAACCGGCUGGACGAGCUGGGAAGGCAGGUGAAAGCCAGGACCGACAACUGCAAGGAACAAACGGAAGAUGUCGGGAAGGCGAUUGCCCACAUGGACAGCCGCAUUGUUAGUGUGGAGACUUUAUGCAGCAAGCUGGACCCUAUCUCCAGUAGCCUCCAAAGGAUCAAAGAGGGUCUGAAUAAACAUGUCACUGGGUUGUGGACUUGUGUUGAGCAGCUGAAUGGUACAGUCAGAGCUCAUGCCCGAGAUAUUGGAGGACUUAGGGGAACUUGUCAGAACCUCCAGAGCCACAUCUCUAAUGUAGCCAGAGACCUCCAGGUGCUAACGCAAAGCAAUCCUUGGAAGACAGGUGCUCCGGUUGUUGUGGAGGACGCAGGACAGGGUUCAAGUAAGAGCCCAACGGUGCCUGGUGGUCCCCUGGACGCCUCCCUCCCACAGCCACCUGUGAUGGAGACCGGAGUGGCAGGACCCCCCGGCAAGAUGAGCUCGUCCAAGUUGCCCAAGGGGACAGACGGCAGCAUGAUGACCGUUCAGGGUUUUGCAGGAGCUCCAGCUUCCCCCCAAGUCAAAUCCACUCAUUCACUAAAACCCAGCACGCCACUCGUCUCAGAUGUGAACAUACCCCACAGACCAUCACCACACAAACCUGAUGUGGCUUCAGGGGAGACGGUGUCGUUCUCAGCUGGUCUGACUCUUCCACCGUUCCAGGGAGAGACUGGAAUCAUUCGAUUCGACAAGGUGCUGGUGAACGAUGGAGGACACUAUGAUGUUCGCACAGGUGUCUUCACGGCUCCCUCAGACGGCCGCUACCUGGUGACGGCUGUGCUCACAGCCCAGCGGGGCGAGAGGGUCGAGGCGGUCCUGUCCGUGUCCAAUCGUAGCAUCCAGAGGUUGGACUCCACGGGCUUCUUGUCAGGGGGGGAAGAAGCGCCACUGUCACAUGACCGAUGUAACUGCAGCAGCUCAACCUCACUGAGCCUGGUUCUGUCACUGAAGAGAGGUGAUCGAGCAGGACUGGUCAUGACCGCUGGAAAACUCGCCAUCUCUUCCUCUUUUGAGAUUGUGUCAUCGUUCAGCGCUGUGCUCCUUUACCCCAGCCCGUCAAAACGGUAGCCCCGCUCUUUUAAAGACAGCUGACACCUUAUAUGAGCCGUAAGUGAAAUAUUUUGGUCAUUAAUGGGGAUACACACUAAUAGUGAUAUUAUAUUAAGGGUGGUGGGAAAGACGAUCUCUUUCUCUCUUUACCAGGAUAAAAAAAAAAAAAAAAAAAAAAGGAGAGCAACAAAAAGUGGAACAAUUAGUCUCCAAAUAAUAAAUGAGAUUAUUGCUUUCAUGAGUACUUAUGUAGUCUGUUUUACAGUAUAAUUAUUUUAUGGUUUUGAUUGUAAAAUCUUGUUUAUGACCUGGAUCUUACAAAUACGUAUUUUACUUGUAAUCUGAGUUUCUUCCUUAAUAUUUAAAAACACAUGGUGCCAUCACUGAUGUUAAUGAAUUGUUAAUGCUAAACUUUGAAUUCCAGUUGAUCCAAUUUAUUAA